AUGGCGGACGUGGAAAAGGGUUCGGAGCAGCACAUUGAAAGUGUUGUUUCAGCCCAGUCUACCGAGCAGGCACCGGGCUCAGUGGCCAAUGUUAUGGGAACGGUGAAGCUUACUGAGGACUCAAUUGUGUAUAUUCCGACUCCCACAGCCGAUCCUCGAGACCCCUUGAACAUGCCAAUUUGGCAGAAGACGGUUGUGCUAGUCGUCAUAUCUACUUUUUCAACGUUGAGUCUCUCGCUGGUCUCCGGAUUUGGAGGCCUCCUGACAUUCUAUAUCCCCGAAUAUGCAGCGGCGGGAGUAGACUACGCGGGUAUCUCCCAUCUGAUGACAUACCCGACUCUCUUCAUGGGAUUCGGGAACCUGAUUGGAAUGCCACUUGCCAUUGCCGUCGGCCGUCGAUCAGUCCUACUGGGAUUUACCAUAAUCCUAAUUAUAGGUGCAGUUCUCUGUGCUGUGGCCAAAACAUACGAAUGGCAUCUUGCUGCGCGAAUGGUCCUGGGACUAAGUGCUGGACAAAGUGAAGCUCUGGUGCCGAUGAUCACACAGGAAAUCUUUUUCCUUCACGAAAGAAGCAAGUACCUCAUGGUCCAACAGGCUAUCCAAGUCAGCUUGACUACCGUCUGGGUUCUAUUUGCGGGUCCCAUUGCUGGGGCCAUUACACCAGAAGGGUGGUACGCACUCGCUGCUGGCCUAGCAGGAGUUCAGUUUUUUGUGGCGUUAUUUCUCCUGCCAGAGACCAAAUACGACCGCAAUCUCUCAGAUUACCAAGAGACGGUAUCAGAGAGUUCUGUUGAGGGGACAGAAGAUCCAGUUAAGCCAAAACUCGUUAUCUGCAAGAACAAGCCUCCUCUUGACUAUGUCAACUACCCUCCGCGAACAUGGAGGUCUGAUAUGCGGCUGUGGAUUGGAGAGCCGGAGUGGCAUAAAGCUGUUGAUGUCCUUAAGCAAACUUUUCAACUUCUGUUAUUCCCGAAUGUGUUCUGGGCGCUGUGUCUGAAUGGACUCACCAUCGGUGUAAAUAUCGCUAUAGGAACCACAUACAGCACAAUUCUCACCGACCCGCCAUACAACUGGCCCUCAAGAAGCGCCAGCUAUGCCAAUUGUGGACAAAUAGUCGUGGCACUGGUAGCACUGCCCUUACUGGGCUCAGGCUCUGAUGCUCUGAUCCGAUGGCGCGCUCAUCGCAAUGGAGGGCUGCACGAGCCGGAGACCCGGAUCCUUCCUUUGAUUCUGCCUAUAAUUGUGGGAACUUUCACUGCCGUGCUGUACGGCCAGGGAGCCUCUCAUCCGGAGAAUUAUCACUGGUUCGUGUAUGCGUGGGCGGUAGCGGCGUAUUACUUCGCAUUUGUCGGUGCGAAUAUCGUUGCCAUCACGUAUCUGCUAGACAGUUACCCUGCAAGAGCGGGUCCUGUGUUGGUCAUUAUCUGUGCUUUCCGUGGAUUCAUCUCCUUUGGGACGAGCUAUGGCACGACGUCGUUUGUGCAGAAUAAUGGAUAUGAUGGGGCAUUUGGGAUUUUUGGGGCUUUGACGGCGGCGCUCGGGUUACUGGGUAUCCCUGUGUACAUAUGGGGAAAGCAGAUUCGGCGGUUUACUGGCCAGUUUGCGCAAGGCAAAACAGGCUGA